AUGAUCAACGGGAUGGCCUCUGAGAUAUCAUUUGUGUCAAAGCACGGCCCUGCCAAGUUUUACUGGAUAAAGCCUGGUAACAAGGGCUCAAAAAACAAAACACAACUGUAAGUUCUCUUCGUUAAUAUGUGGCUCGUGCAAUAACCCCUCGCGGGGGACUCCCAUGAGCAAGUGACGGGGAUACUGGUCGUCUCCCGUAGAAGUGUAAAUUGCAGAUUUUUGUCUCACUUAGGGUGUUUGGGACCAAAGGUCACUAUAUUUGCCUAUUCAGGUAUCGCUCAGGGCUCUGCAUUAAGACAUUUACAAAAAAUGCCGCAAUGUCUGUUUUACUAUAGUCUCCUUUAGGGGUCAGUUUAAGCUUGAGCCACACUCACACUGGUCUCCCUUAAAGAUUUAAUUUUAAUUUUCCGACUAGCAUCCCCGUCAAAUGUAUAUAUGGGGUUUCCCCGGGAAUCACCCAUUCACUAACUGUAUCUACAUGAAGCUAGACAAUAUGGAAGAUUCACUUAUACAAACGUUUCGCUGAUGAAGUACAUUUUAAUCCUUUCUUUUCCUACAGAUCUAAAUCCCUCAUCCGAGUUUCCAAAUCCAGAACAGCUGCACUGAAAACGUUCUGUGAUAACUUCGCUCAAUAUAUUCUAUUUCUAUACCUGCGAAUAUAAAUAUGGGAUGCUGUAAUCGUCUUAAUGGCUUAAAAAAGCAAUACUUUGUCACGAUAAUCACUAUACACGACGGUAUAAGCCCUCUCUCAAUAAGUACACCUAAAGUUACAGAAGUUACGCCUUUUCUCUCAUUAUCCACCGAGUUCUCAUCUGAGCCAGCGCGUUUGCAAACGAAGACGUUUAUUGCUGCUCACGGAUUCACAGCUCGCUGCUUGGGUGCAUAGGUUACGCGUGGAUUAACUUUGAAGAAAAAAAAAUAGACUGUUCGCAGUCUAACCUGAAGUCAUUUUUGAGACUGAAUUACUUAUACUAUUUAUUGUUAUUUGCAGGCUCUUAAUAGAAGCCAAUGGAAGUAGAAAGUCAUCAGUUCUGUCCGCACCAAGAAAAGUCAAAUUAAAACCAAGCCAAAAGUUGAGGUAAUCUUAGGGCAUGCCUGAAGUGAGGGCAUCACAGCUUUGCACUGGCCAUAUAUUGAUUUAAACAACGGUAAUUUCAGGAGUUGGAA